AGCAACCUCGGGAAUAUUAGCAGCAUCAAAGAGACAUUUUGCUCGGAUUGGAACUUUCUGGACCUCUGAAGAGGAUCAUGUGGGAACGUAUUAAAAAAGCCUUGUUAAACUCAUUUUCCGUUAGCUGCUCGGCCGUCUGGAACUGGAUCCGAGCUUUCUGGAGAAAGAAUGGCCUCUUGACUCUUUCGAUGCUCUCUGUUGUAACUGGAUGCCUGCUCGGAUUUUCGCUAAGCGUUCUGGAGCUGACAGAGCUGGAGAAGCAAUACUUUUCUUUUCCAGGAGAGCUCCUUAUGAGGAUGUUAAAAAUGCUGAUUCUACCCCUUAUUACUUCUAGCCUGAUGUCUGGCUUGGCCACCAUGGACUCCAAGACCUGUGGGAAGAUGGGGUUGGUCACACUCACCUAUUAUCUUUGGACAACAUUCAUGGCUGUGACUGUUGGGAUUGUGCUUGUGAUCAACAUGCAUCCGGGCGCUGCUGCCCAAAAGGAGGAAUAUACCGUGGGCAACGUGGUGUUAAGCUCUGCAGAUGCCUUAUUGGAUUUAAUCAGAAAUAUGUUUCCUUCUAACCUGAUUGAGGCUUCAUUCCAGCAGUAUCGAACAGUUCUCAUCCCAGUGGUAAAAUCUUCAGGCUUUCCAAAGAUUCCAGGGAAACCUCUCAGCUUCAUUUACUUUGUACCUGAUGAUGAAAAUCCCAAAAUUCAAAGGCCUGUGCUUCUUGAGAUCACCCCCUCUCCGGAAAUGACCUACCGGACCCUGCCUGGGGCCAGCAGUGAAAUGAAUGUCUUGGGGAUUGUUAUCUUCUCUGCUACAAUAGGCCUCCUUCUAGGGAAAAUGGGUGAGCGUGGAACUCCUUUAGUCAACGUGUGCCAGUGUCUGAAUGAAGCAGUUAUGAAGAUUGUCUCAAUGGCGGCUUGGUACUUCCCAUUUGGCAUUGUGUUUCUCAUUGCUGGGAAGAUUUUGGAAAUGGAGGAUCCAGCUGCGAUUGGAAAGAAAUUGGGACUCUAUGCCAUAACAGUGGUGACAGGGCUAGUCAUCCAUGGACUUAUCCUCUUGCCUUUGCUUUUUGCACUCAUUACCAGGAAAAACCCGUUCGCUUUCAUCCGGGGAAUACUGCAAGCCCUGCUGAUCGCCCUCGCGACAUCAUCCAGCUCAGCAACCCUGCCCAUCACCCUGAAAUGUCUUCUGGAAAACAAUGGGAUAGACAGACGGGUGGCACGAUUUGUUCUCCCUGUUGGUGCAACCAUAAAUAUGGACGGGACUGCACUGUACGAGGCAGUCGCUGCAAUCUUUAUUGCUCAGGUCAAUGAGUACGAUUUGGACUUGGGACAAAUUAUAACUAUAAGCAUAACAGCGACAGCAGCAAGCAUAGGUGCAGCGGGAAUCCCCCAAUCAGGGCUCGUUACAAUGGUCAUUGUAUUAACCUCUGUUGGCCUUCCCACUGAUGACAUCACACUGAUCAUUGCAGUUGACUGGGCUUUAGAUCGACUUAGAACAAUGACCAACGUCCUGGGUGAUGCACUGGCUGCAGGCAUCAUAGCACAUGUCUGCCGGAAAGAUUUUGCACCAAAGCCAGAAAAACAAGAUCCAGAGAGCAACACAGAGAAGCUUUCUUCUGCUGAGAACUCCCUUCUCCAGCCCAAAGAUCACAUGAUGGAAAUGAUUGUAGAAACGUCGGAACGAACAGGAGUUAAUUACAAUAUCUGCCAGGUGUAACGGCCAUAGCAUUUUCAUUCCCUGGAAGAGAAUUUUGGUUCCGACACAUUGCCACUCUACUCCGUGUAUACAUGUGGGCCUUACUGUGCACAAAGAAGGCAGAAAAAUCUAUUCUUUUCUAUGGAGGUGUUUGGGAGGCUCCAAAGAGCUACAGCAGCAUAACUGUACCGGCCAGAAGUUAAACAGGAAGCAGUAGUGCCAACUGCUUGCAGCUUUAACCUGAGAGGCUACAUCUAUGAAGUCGUUGUCUUGACAGUCCAGAGCAACAGAUUUUUAAAGGUUUCAUGCCACUAUUUUCUCAACACAAUUUUCUUUUUCUAGGACAGAGGAAUUGACAGUUAUUAGAGGAGAACCUUAGCUGGUUGUUUUAAAAAGGCAGAGCUUUGUCACCUUCCAGCAAUGGUCUUCACCCAUUCUCUGUUCGCAGUUGCUGUCAGUUUGCAUUAUGUUUAUUAUGCAGAUAAUUUUUUUUGACAGUCUUAUUUUAAAAUUGUGGUUGGUAAACUUUUUUAUAGUGAGAUUUUAUAUUCUCUAAAAAUGGACAUUUCAAGCAGACUUUCUGCUGUCAUUCCAAAUCUAAUUUUGUCUUCAAGGAACAGGCUGUUUGGACAUCUUUGGACACAGAAUUUAGGAGCAGAGUUGUUUGGAAAUGUUCCAAUUUUUUCACUUGAUAAGGCUCCCAACAACCAUUCGUGGCUCUGUCAAUGACUGCUCCAGCUAGUAUGGUGAAGAUGCAGGUACUAAACACAAGAUUUGGGAAUGAAUGGCAAAAUUUGCAUGGUAAGAGUGGAAUACAAGAAUCAAAAUCAUCUUUGGUUUCUUCAUGAUAAAUUUGAAAUAUGCAAGCAACUGGAAACUGCAUGUAGGCAUGAAAAGGAAAUGGAAAAUACAAUUUUAUCUGGCUUUAAAUGUUUUUUUUUAAAAAUAUGAUUAAGCACUAAAACAGUGCUUUUGAAUAUAUUUUAUUUAUGAAUCAAUCUUCCUCCUCAAGUAUAAAACAUGUUAUAUAUGAACCAACCCUCCCCACAUAAUUUCCCCCCCCGCCAUCAGUGAGUUGGCCAGAUCCCAAUAAAAUUAUGUUGAUUUCCCAGCUGAGGACCUGGCCCUGUUUUGAAUGUUGUUCCAAAGGCAGCCUUAAUAGAUCAAGACUGGUUUUUUUUUUUGGGGGGGGGGGAUAAAGAGGGGAAUCAUGAGUGAGUUUAUAUCCUUCUGGAAAUGUCAUUCUCCCCCACCCCAGUGUAUCGCUACCACUCCAAUAUAACAAAGCUCUGCCUUUCCCAAACACCCAUUAAUUUAUUUUGCAUUCCCUAGAAGGAAACACUCAGUGAAUUCCACAAGGGCCUGAUCUGACUCUCUUUGAAGUCUGUGGAAAUGCUCCCAUUAACAUGCAUGGGGUUUUUGGAUGCAUGCGAGCGCCUGUUCCUUGCAGUACAUAAUAACAAUUUAAAACAUUCAUACUUAGACCUCAGUGGUUCUACUGAAUUAGCAAUCAACAUUAUCCCAAAAGAGACACAAUGGUGUGAAUUCAUGGUUUCAUUUACUACAGUGCUAUGUAUGAAAUACCUCUGGGGCAUUCUACAGUGCGUCAUGCAGAGGCUAUUUCAAGAACAAAAAUUUUAUAAACUGGAUCUAAAAUUUCUAUGUAUGAUUCAAUGUAAUCUUCUGGGGUGUUUUUAAUUUUUUUUCCGUUUUUGUAAGAAAAAUAUAAACUGCAUCUUCUACGUGGCAAGUACAAAAGCAAAUGCUAUUAAAAUUAUGCAAAUAGAUGUGUGCCGCCCAAACCCAUAUUUUCCUUUAAUGUUUAUUUAAUCAAAAUGUCAAUGACAGGUUUGGGCCUUAUGAUGGUUGCCCCUGCAAGGCUGCAAUAAGAAAGCGUAAGCAGGCCCUCAGCGACCUUUGUAGGUGCACAGCACCUAGCAGAAAUCAGCCAGCCAGGAAUGGACAGUUUGUGACAGUUGGGGAUAGCAGAUUUCAUUAAUUAAAAAAAAAUCUUUUUAUAUUUUCAGAAUCAAGACAACUAAAACCUACGUACGCUUGAGGGAAAAGGGAGUGAGCAUAAAGCCACUGCUUGUAAACACUUGUUGCUUCAUUUCAAGUUGGACUGAAAAGCUUUUUGGGGUCAUGGAGGCUGCCUGUAAAUUCAUCGGGACCUUUGAGAGCCACCAUAAUCCAAACAACCUACAUACUAUUAAUUGCUUUUCAGAUCAAGAAUUCCACUCCCUCCUGAAGAUUGCAGGGAAGAAUAAAGACCACUAAUAUUCCUACACAAAAUUUGAAUUUGUAAAGAAAUUUGUUUCAUUUUCUCAAAUCCAAAAUGGAAUGAAAAUCUUUGAAAUUAAAAAAAAAAAAAUGUUACAGGGUCCUAGAGCCUGGGCUCCAGCCCGAAUUGGGCAGUCUAUAAAGCAAUGAAACAGCCCUGCAGCCCAAGCCCCAUGAGCCCAAAUCAGCUGGCAGGUUUUUCUUUGCUGUGUAGACAUUCCCAGAGAAAGUUGCACCAAUUCAACUGAAAAUUGGUUUAAAACCAUAAUAAGGAUAUCCCUAGCCCUUUUGUACUAAUUUUAACAAAAUUAGUUUAGAAUCAGACCAUAAGUUAAACUGAUGCUAUUUUCUCUCUGACAGAUCCAGUUCCAUCCUAAAGGCUGACAGAAUGUAUGAUGGUACUGUUAAUAUUUACACAGCUCUUCCGGAUACCUAAGGGGGGGAAAAGGCCAUCAGCAGUGAUCAAACUACUCAAUUCCAAUACACAAACAUGUAAGCUUAUAUUGUAUUCCAGAGCCCUUCUCUUAGAGAGCAUCACAACUGAUGGUUGCUCCAUCUGUUAACAUGACAGUAGGAUCUGGUGGAUGGGAAGAAUACAGGCUUAAAAAGUAAAGCAUUUGUUUUCCUGAAAAAUUAUUUACCCUAAUAAAAUGUAAUGGCUCAGACUUUUAGGUAAUGCCAUUUAAUUUAUUUAUAUAAUUUAGUGGAAUAAUAUUCUAACUGAAGGGGAGAAACAACUUCAGGAAGAACUUGGGUGCUGCCCAGAGUUCUAUUUCAUCAGGAAAAGUGAGAAAAAUCAUCUUUGUAAACUGAAUUUCUUGCCAAUUAACACACUCUGCCAAAGAAAUGGCCACAAGGAAGGCAACUGAGACACAAAAACUAAUGAGGUGGUAGCCUCUAGAUCAAAUGGGUUUUACCAAUAGUUUAUUCAAAACUACAUUCAUCUUCAAGCUAGCCACCCUAUAACUUUUAGCACAGUGGUUACAGCACUCACUUGAGAUGUGGGAGACCCAUGUUCAAUUCCUCUCUGCGCUGGAGGGGGAGAAAGAAUUUGAACUGGGGGUCUCCCACCUCUCAAAAGGGUGCUUUAACCACUGGGCUAGAAGUUACUUGGUGGCACCACUUCUUUUUACCACAUUUCAAAUGGGAUCCGAUCCAGUAGGUGGACUUGGAGCACAACUAGUGGGUGAGACCCCUCCACAACUUAAACAAAUUGCAAUUUUCCCCUGGUUUGUGAACUGUCCUGAGGCUCAGGCAGGAGAUAGGCACCUGGAAGCUUAGCAGGAGGUGGCAGUGUGCAUGUUCAGAGGCAGGAAUGUAGGCACUGAGUUAGUUUAGACACCUAUAGGGUUUGGCAGGAGUUUUGUGGAAUCACCAUGGAGCCAAAAUUGGGAUUUAAGUGCCUAAACACCUUUAUGGAUCUGGGCCUAAUGUAAGUUGCCCCAGGUCACACAGAGCAGGGAAUUGAAUCCAGAUCUCCAUUGUUGCAGGCUAGGGCCCUAACCAAUGGGCCAUCCUUUCUCUAAUUAUUCACUACAGGGCCAUACUAGAAACAGCCCCAUUCAAGAACCCUCACUUAAAUAAUAUUUUUGAUCCAUUUAAUAGGGACCACACAUUAAUAUGGUUCAGUGCUUUAUUUUUUUAAUCAAAAAUUGUACAGUUCUAAGAAGGCAAAUGCCUUUAGGAAAUACAAGUAAAUUACAUCAGCGUAAUUUUUAUUAACCUCACUUUCUUCUUGAUAUAAUUAUUUCACAAGAGUAUAAAUUUUAUUUUUAAUACAAGAACUAUAUUCUGUCUUGCCCUUCUGAGUGGCAUUUCCAUCCUUAAAUUCUUUAUUGAUAGAGGCAUAUAUUAUCAGUUCCAUUAUUAUGCCUGGCAUCGGGCUAACCAGAGAGACACGGAGGGUGAGGUAGUAUCUUUUAUUGGACCAACUUCAGUUACUGAGAGAGACAAGCUUUCAAACUAUACAGAGCUCUCCCUCAGGUCUGAGAAAGGUAUUCAGAGAGUCACAGCUAAAUACAAGGUCAAACAGAUAGCUUAGCAUCAGUAAUUAUCACAUUCUAGAGGGGCCCUGUAGUAAAGGGAUGUUUGUGUGUUACAGACUGCUGGAAUAUGCAUAAAUCCAGUGUCUUUAUUAAGACCAUGAUUUUUAGUGUCUAGCAAAGUUAUGAAUUUAAGCCCAAUGCUCGUCUUUGAAAGUGUUGUGCAGGUGCCUUUGAGAAUGAGGACUGAUAGCCUGUACCUGACUUAACCCAUUUGUAAAUACCUG